AUGGACAAGGACAAUGGCCUCGUGAUGGAGACAAAAGACGAAGCUGCUCCACAAGUCACUGACAGGGGAGAUCGCGAGACUGUGAGUGUACAAGAAGAUUCAAUCAAGACCAUCGCACAAACCACAACGACAAUACCAGGAGCCAAGGACUUAACACUGAAGGAAGCAAUUGUGGCGUGGCCAUACGCGGCUAUGUGGUCAACCAUAUUUAUGAUGCCGGUGAUACUCGUGGCCUACAGCCCCGCCUGGAUCGCCGUCCUCUACGCCAUGCCGGCUUUUGCAAGACGAUUCGGCUUCAAAUUUGGCGACAUGUACAUUAUUCCCGCGCAGUGGCAGUCAGCGCUGUCAGCAUGUGCCAUGAUCGGACAAAUCGUUGGAGCUCCUGUCUCCGCUGUGAUUAUGGACAAACUCGGUCGCAGAAUAACAUUCCUUGCAACGCUUGCACUUACUGCUGGCUUCGUCUUCAUUCAAUUCUUCGCCGUUUCGCUAGGCAUGACCCUUGCUGGCGGCCUGCUCGUCGGGAUCACAAUGGGCUCGUACGGUGUGCUCUCGCUUACCUAUUCGAUCGAAAUUGCACCCUUUCGACUGAGAGGCGUGAUCGGUGGGAUGUUCAGCCUCAGUAUUGUCGUGGGCACGCUGAUCACCGCUUUGGUGUCGUCGAGGACGGUGUCAAUAGAGAACGAGUGGUCGUACAAGGUCGGCUACGCCUUGCAAUGGGGAUGGCCCGCCAUACUGAUGCCCUUGAUUUACUUCGCGCCGGAGAGCCCGGUAUGGCUCAUCCGCCAAGGCCGGAGAUUCGAUGCAGAGAGGUCGCUCCGUACGCUCGCGGCCGUAGACUUCGACGUGGAUCCCACCCUCAGCUUGAUCGAGGAGACGGAUCGCAGGGAACGAGAGAUGGACGAUGCUACUUCGUACGUCGAGCUGUUUCAAGGCACCAAUCUUCGCCGCACCGCUGUCGCGGUAACGUGCUAUGUCUCUAUGAUUGCUACUGGCACGGUCUUGAUCAACCAGCUUGCCUAUUUCAUGCAAUUGGCUGGGAUAGAGGCAGAGCUUGCUUUCAACAUCAAUCUUGGCUCUUUCGGGGCUGCUGUGAUUGGUUCCUUCGUUGGCAUGGGACUUCUGGCCAAAUUCAACCGACGCAAGAUCUAUAUUGCCGGUCAAGCACUAUCGACCCUCAUCCUCGUCAUCAUUGGUAUUACGCAAGCUGCGCCACAUUAUUUCUCAAGGCCUUCAAUCGUACGGGGACAAGCUGCUUUAUUCGUCAUCUGGAACUGUCUAUACGGCGCCAUCCUCUCUCCAUUUUCUACCACCAUUAUGGGUGAAAUCUCCAGCACACGACUUCGGUCGAAAACUAUCGCUGUUGCGAAUAUUGCCCAGUUCUCUGGGGUCAUCAUCGCCACGGUCGUCAAUCCUUACCUUAUCAAUCCAGACGAAGCGGCUUUGCAAGGAUAUAUUGGAUUUAUCGCAGGAGCAAGCAACCUGGUAUUCCUCGUCUUGAUAUAUUUUUACGUCCCAGAGACGAGUCGGCCUUCAGACGAGCUCGACGCCUUGUUCGAGCACAAUAUCAGCGCAAGACACUUUGCAACCUAUGAUCUUUCACGGCUUACUGCACCAGAAAGUCGCAUUUCUAUCACAGUCGCCGACUAG